AAGCGAAUACAUCCAUUCCUAUCAUAGACCACAUGUACGAUUAAAUGUCUUUGGACCCAUUAGUAUACAACAUAUCACACAAAGGUAUAUAAAAAAGCUUUAAACUGGUCGAACUGCAAAAAAAACUAGGAUCCAGUGGGCUUUCAGCUGCCAGGAGCUAUAAGGGAUACAUGUGUGUGUAGUCUUUCAUAUUAAUCAUGAUCGCUGGUAGAUAGCCACAGAAGUCGUAACACAGUUUAACCUUGGCGGAUCCCAUUUAUUUUUUUCCUGGGCGGAUGUUUACCUGAGAGGAUCACAGUUUACAGUUCACAGCUGAAGACUUCUCCACGCUGCUUUCAAACUUCCCCGCUGUUCGCGUCCGGAUAUCUCCAUCGUAACCACAACCUCACACACUGAUCUAACCAUGACGCUUCAGUUUGUGUAUAACGGCCAGGACUUUGUCACAGAGGCCCAGCGGAGCAGUGGAAAUGGAAUUGCACCAGAGCCAUCAAAUUUUGACCUGACCAUCCAAGCCGGCUGGUCAGACAGGAUGAACAGGGGGCUCUUCCGCUACCAUCUGGAUGACUUACAAACGCGUAUCAUGCCGGGCCCACAUGGCUAUGUGGCCCAGCUGAAUAUUCAAAGAGGAUUACAAAGAAGAAAGCCUGAGGAAAUACUGAGCAUUAAGCAGGAGUUCAAUGCCAAUCAGUUUAAUUUUAACAACAUCGAUCCAGAAGAAGUCAUAUUUGAGAUGACAAAGGUUGUUGAGGGAAGAAAGGAAAAGGGACAGUUGCAUGAACGUUGGAGAGUGGUCGUGCUGGUCAAUGUCAGCCCUUUGGAGUUUGGACAUUUUCUCUUUGUUCAAGAACCUUCAUGCUGUUUACCGCAGGUCCUGACAAGCUUCUCCAUCCAGGUUGGUAUUGAAUCUGUGCUCCUGAGCUCCGAUCCUGGCUUCCGUGUGGGGUUCAAUAGUCUUGGAGCAUUUGCCUCUGUCAAUCAUUUACACCUACAUGGGUACUACCUGCACCAUGAGCUCCAGAUAGAAUCUGUGCCUGUCAAGCUGCUAGUUCCUGAAAAGGGAUUUUAUCGCUUAUUGGACUUUCCUGCAGGCUUUUUGUUUUACACAGAAUCAGAGUGUGUGGUGAAAGUUGCCAGAGCCAUCUGUCAGGUCACAGACUUUCUUGUGGAAAGUAAUACUGCGCACAACCUGUUCUUGACUCGCGGGAGUCCGCCCUCUGAUCAGAUACAGGAUGAAAAGGAUCACUGCUCAAGAAAAGGUGUUCGCAUCGCUGUAUGGCCCAGAACAUCGUGCUUCGGUGCAAAGGACGAGUCUGCCUUCAACGUUGCUCUCUGUGAGCUGGCAGGGCAUUUACCAUUCAAGAACAAGAAGGACUAUGAGCUCUCUACUGAGAAAGAUGUCAAAGAUGUCAUAGAGAGGUAUCUUCUGCCUGAAGCGGAGUUUCACACGUUGGAACAGCACCUCACUCGCCAUCUGACGGAUUUAUAAUGCAUGAACAUUAAAUGAUGAGCACACAUUCCUCAGAUGUCCUGACAUGUGUUUAGGUUUUGUGGUGAAAUGUUUCUUUGGAAACGAUGCCAAAUCUCCUUUCCUGUAUUUGUCCCGUGCACAAAAGACCUUCUUACACAAUUAUAUUAUCAGUAAGAGAAUAUCAAAUUGAGUAAUUGAUGUGUUGUUUUAAAACUUCAAAUAAAAUUCAGAAAGCAUUUUAUCUUAAUAUAAAA